AGGACUGUGCUUCUUGGAAUGAGCUGGGACCAGCGGCUACACCCCCAGAACAACUUGUUUUGGAGUGUCCUGUCAGAGGCUCAGAGACGACUGGGAUACAAAGCUGCUGCUGAGGACUGUAAAUGAAAGAGCCACGCUAUGAGAUCAACUUGGCAUUCUCCCCUAAAAAAGUCUCAGGCUGCACAAGUAAUAAACACAUGAUCCCCGGAGAAGCCAUUGCAUUUUCUUAUUUCUGCUCUGAUGGAUUCCCUAUGAUCUUUAAUUCCCUUACAAAAUGGAUUUAUAAUUACCUUCACAGCCCAUUCCAGACUCUGCUAGUGUUUCCAGCUGGCAGUUGAGGCUAUUUCGUAACAGAGGGUCCUAUUUACUAGCGACUGGAUGUCACAAUCUAGGCCGUUCAUUUCUGAGUUGUUGGGGCUUUAAAGCUCGCUCCAGAUAUCAGAGGGAACCCAAGCGAAACAUCGGCAAUGCUCAUAGUGUGGAACACUGGCUCUUUGCAUAGGGGAAGACUGCAGCAUAUUUUCCAGAAAAAUUAACAUUGAACACAUCUGUGAGAUGGGACACAGGGAAAACACUGCUUCUGUAAUGAACUCCCUCUUAUCUUCUCACCGCUUGGCUUAUUUUUUCUACUUUUCCCACCAGCUUUCCAGUAUGAUUACAAGGGCCUUUUAUUAACUCUGGAAUCUGUAAAUUACUUUCGUAGAAUGGAUAUUUUUGGCAGCUGUUUGAUGUCUUUUGGGACCAAAUGUAAAUCUGCAUUAUUUACUACUAAGAUCAGCUUCUGUUAGUAAUGCAUAAGCGGAACAGAAGAUGAAGAUAUCGUACAUGGUUUGGAUUAUUUGUGAAUUCCAGUUUCUAUAUUUUAGGAUGCAGAGCCAAAAACACCGUUGUCUCUUCUCUCUCCCCCCACAACCACCCUUUCCUUUCUUUCCUUCCUGCUAAGGAGAUAAUUAGUGCAUACAGGCCACAAACAGCAGCAUAUAUUGUGGGAUAUCCAGGAGUGGCUUGCUGUUGCCUCAUCACUUCUGCUUGGAAUGUUUGGAAAGCUUUGACUAAAACUUUGGAUAUACCAUUUCUACCUUUCUUGGCUAUUUUGUGUGGAACUAAGCAUUACAGAUAUGAAGCGUCUCCAGGCAUGGACGAGUUCCAUUCCCUUUUUCUCUCGCUUUAAUAUAUAUAAAAGGUUUGGUAAUAGCAUGCAGUCAGAUGAAGGCUCAGAGUGGCUUCUGGAGCUCCUGAGCGAGGUGCAGCUGCAACAGUACUUCUUGCAAAUUCGUGACGAUCUCAAUAUCACAAGGCUUUCUCACUUUGAUUACGUCAAGAAUGAGGACCUGGAAAAGAUUGGGAUGGGCCGGCCAGGCCAGAGGAGGUUGUUGGAUGCUGUAAAGAGAAGAAAGGCAAUUUGCAAGCGCAAAUCUUGGAUGAGCAAGGUGUUCAGUGGUAAGCGGCCAGAAUCAGAAUUUGCAUCUCAGCCCCAGAGUACUUUUCGUAAGCCCCCAAGCCCACCACCACUUGAGGGGCAACAAGCGCUCACUUGCCUUAUUAGUGAGAAAGACCUGUCCAUGUUUGAAAAGCUAGGGGAUGGGUCGUUUGGAGUGGUGCGAAGAGGAGAAUGGAACACACCAAAUGGCAAGUUGUUCAAUGUAGCUGUGAAGUGCUUGAAGACAGAUGUCUUGACCCAGCCAGAUGUUCUGGAUGACUUUAUCAGAGAGGUCAACGCAAUGCAUUCCCUUGACCAUAUUAAUCUCAUCCGGCUCUAUGGAGUGGUCCUUACACACCCUAUGAAGAUGGUAACAGAGCUUGCACCCAUGGGCUCUCUUCUGGAUCGUCUUAGGAAGAACCAGGGUUACUUCCUUAUCUCCACGCUUUGUCACUAUGCCAUUCAGAUUGCCAAUGGUAUGGCUUACCUGGAGUCCAAACGUUUUAUUCAUCGGGACUUAGCAGCAAGGAACAUUCUGCUCUCCUCAAAAGACUUAGUGAAGAUUGGAGACUUUGGCCUCAUGAGGGCAUUACCCAAGAAUGAUGAUCACUAUGUCAUGCAGGAACAUCGCAAAGUGCCCUUUGCCUGGUGUGCACCAGAAAGCCUAAAGACUCGAACUUUCUCUCAUGCCAGUGACACCUGGAUGUUUGGAGUGACGCUGUGGGAGAUGUUCACAUAUGGGCAAGAGCCAUGGAUAGGACUCAAUGGCAGCCAGAUUCUUCAUAAGAUUGAUAAGGAAGGUGAAAGACUGCUACGGCCCGAAGAUAGCCCACAGGACAUCUAUAAUGUAAUGUUACAGUGCUGGGCUCAUAAGCCAGAGGACAGGCCAACAUUUGUAGCACUUAGAGACUUCCUGGUGGAGGCUCGGCCAACAGAUAUGCGUGCCCUUCAGGACUUCCAGGAACCAGACAAGCUCCAUAUCCAGAUGAAUGAUGUUAUUACAGUCAUCGAGGGCAGGGCAGAAAACUACUGGUGGAGAGGGCAGAACAAACGAACCCUGAAGGUGGGACAGUUCCCACGGAACACUGUUACUUCAGUAGCUGGCCUGUCUGCUCACGAUAUCAGCCGACCCCUUAAAAACAGCUUUAUCCACACAGGCCAUGGAGAUACUGUACCUGCUCAGUGCUGGGGCUUUCCUGACCGGAUUGAUGAGCUGUACUUGGGAAAUCCCAUGGACCCACCUGAUAUUCUAGGUCUGGAUCAAGGCACUGCUAGACCCACCCAGCUUCCCAGUAGGGCAAAAAGGGAGCCUCCACCUCGCCCUCCUCAGCCGACUGCCAGGGGAAAGAGUAAGUUUCACGGUUCCAUCCUUCGUGCUCCAUGCUCCUGCCCACUCUGUGCAAUUAUUGUUCCACUCUUUCAAGAACCAUCUUAUAAUAUUGUCAAUGGAGAAGACGAUUCAGUCACUUUGGGAAUCAAGAAGCUCUACCUUAAGAAGCCAACUCCAGCUAAAGGUCUCAAACUAGUCAAACCUUCAGCUCGGGUAACUGGCACUAAAGUUACUGACAGACAGCUGUCUGACAUAAAGAGCAACAGCUUGAGAGAAGAGGAGUUAAUAGACUUUGGAGAGGAUCUGAGUUCCAUCAGCCCAGGUUACCUUUCCCCAGCAGUGGAGCAGACUGCCCCUUCCUUAGCAAAACUGGCAAUGGAGGCUUUUUCAUUGCUUGAUAAAACUCCCCCUCAAAGUCCUUCCCGAUCCUUGCCACGCCCUUUACAUCCAACUCCUGUGGUGGAUUGGGAUUCAAAACCUCUACCUGCUCCACCAGCUUAUGAUGAGGUAGCACAAGAUGAGGAUGAUUUUGAAGUGUGCUCUAUUAACAGUUCUGAUGUACUUUUGACCCAGAAGGAAAAAGUCACUGUAAAUUUGCUUCAGAGGGCCAGGGAAAAAGGUGAGACUAACUAUGGAUAUAUAAAGGAAGAGGAACGUUCCAACUGCAAAGGAAAAGUCGAAGACAAUCUCUUCCUACCUCCAAAAGAUACUAAGCAACCCAGCUUUUCACAGACAUCAGAGAUCUUUGAAGAACUGCAGCAAGAAUGCAUGAAAAGACUUAACGUUCCUCCUUGCACCUCACUGGCUUCAACGCCGAGCCCUAGCACCUCAAUAAUGAACAUAAAUGUGACCCCCUCAGAGGACAAACCUCAAAUACCUCCCCGGAUUCCUAUACCUCCUAGGCCUGCUCGACGUAAUGAACAUGACCGAUGGUCUGGUGAACUUUCACCGGCCUUUGGUGCAGAGGAGAUUGGUCGGCCUCCUCUAUUGCCACCUAGGGACCCAUUUUCUCAACCCACCUCUAGAACUCCAAGUCCCAUGGCUUUUCAGGUGGGUUCCCCACAGCAGAGAUCAAACCUAUGCUCACCCAUGUCCAUUGGUGCCUACCUUUCUACAUCUCCUGGAAAACCGAUGCCUACCACACAGAGUUUUGCAUCUGAUCCCAAAUAUGCUACCCCUAAGGUCAUACAAGCUCAAGGAAAAGACCAAGUUAAAGGUCCUUGUAUUUUGCCUAUUGUGAAAGAUGGCAAGAAGGUCAGCAACACACACUACUACCUUUUGCCUGAGAGGCCUUCAUACUUGGACAAGUAUGAGAAGUUUUUUAAAGAAGCCCAAAGUCCAGAGGAGUCUUCAGUUGUUAGGAAUAUCACUACAGCAACUGUGAGGCCUAUGAUUCAACAAACUGAUUAUAAAGCUAACUUCUCAUCCAACAACAGUAACUGUUCUUCUAAGAGUACUGUAAAAACUUCUUGUAGUUUGCAGAAGAUUGUUUACGAUGGGCCAGAUUACAUCAGGCCUGGAGAGAAAAUACGACUGGUUCAGGACAUGGUUCAUGGAGUGACAACUGAGGAAUGUCAGACAGCUUUACAGAACCAUGGCUGGAAUGUACAAAAAGCAAUCCAGUAUUUGAAGGUUGAGCAGCUGUUCUGCCUUGGACUGAAGUCCCGAACAGAGUGUCACAAAGUACUGGAGAUGUUUGACUGGAACCUGGAAACUGCCAGUUCCCAUCUACUUGAAUCGUACAGUGGGAUACAGCAAAAGCAAUGAUGCUUUGCCCUGGUGGGAACACUUCUGGCAUUAAACAACUGCACAGCAAAACCAUCUGGAUUCAUCUAAUCUAAAAAUCCAGCUGCAGAAGAAGUGCAUUCUAUAUGUGCUCCAGUUUCUGAACCUGCACGUGCGGCAGCUUUCUUCCCCCUGAGGGGUGAACCGACCCAGUGUUCUGCUACAUAGACUCAUGUUAAAGGGGAACUCCGGUUUUCAAAAAAAUCUUCAGAUCUCUAAGUUGUAGUAAAACACAUAUUUUAUCAAUUGCAAUGCAUUAUUUUUUUCUUAGCUUUUAGAGACAAUUUAACUCUAAAAAUGCUUCUAACGGUCACUCAGCCUUUUUCUUCUUCACCGUUCCUGACUCCAGUUACAGACAGCUUCAGUGAAAAUCAUAACGUCAUCAUUCUUAGCAGGAAGCACAGCCAUAACCAAGACAACUUCUCCCUCCUGCUGAUUGAGUUGUCCAUCAGAAGACCAGGUCAUGCUCCCCCACAUAGCUGCCUACAGCAAGUCAGCAGGGAGAGGAGGGAGCUGUCGCAUGCUGCGCUGGAAACUCUGGAGGAGUCCUCACUGAGGGAGCAGCAGAUCAGCUGUGUGUCUUGUGUCUGCUUGUCUCAGCUGCCUCACCAGUAAGUUACUGGUUACUUGUGAGCAAUAAGGCCAGCAGUCUACGGCGGAGGAUUGUGGUAAGAGUGAUGACACAGCUGAUCUGCUGCUCCCUCAGUGAGGCCUCCUCCAGAGUUUCCAGCGCAGCAUGCGACAGCUCCCUCCUCCCUGCUGACUUGCUGUAGUUGCGCUGCCAUACAAUUGCACUUACAUUUUUAACUAUCAGGCAGGGGGAUGGUUAACUUGGGAACCGCUGUGUUGGAAGGGCGGUGUGGGUGGCUCUUGCGCCAUGGUUGUGGUAUUUGGCAGAAGUAAUUUUCAGGCAGGACAUAGCGAUCUUUCAGUACCGGCAUUUGAAGUAACUGCGCUCAUCAAAGGAGACGCGGUGCGGGCUGAAAAGCGAGCCGAUUAUCAGACGCUCGUAGAAUUAUCUCCAUUUAAUAAGGAAACAGUGACUACAGGCAGAACGUAGCGAUCCUGCAAUAUCGAUAUUUUAAGCAACUGUGCUCAUUUUGGGAGCGGUGUUGGUUUAAUAACAGAAUAGAGUGUCAUAUUUACAUUGAGGGAGAGAAGCUAGGAUUAUAUAUAGCACUUUGCAGGUUUUUAGAGCAAUGCCUGUUAAACAGCUGUGUGCCAAAAGCAGACCAGGAGUACUGCACAAAAAGUCUCUGCCCAGGAAAUGAUAAACUUAUGAAGAGAGGCAUUGUGGGGGAUGUAGUUUUUAGCCAUACCAUUUGAAUAACUCAUGAUGAUGUCACAAGCACAUUGAACACUCCUACUCUGGAGGACUUUUGAAAAUAAACAGAUGAAUGCAGCUUGCUUUAUGGAUCAGAAAGCAGGUAAAAUCAUAUUUAAAGAUUAAGAGGUGGGAAUUUUGGGAUGCUUCAUAUUAUUUUACAUAUUAAGGCCAGCGAACUGAAGAUUUUUUUGUGAACCCGGAGUUCCCCUUUAAUGUUGCAUUUUCUCUUUUAAUGUUUGUUUUUUUUUUCUUCCUACCCAUUGUUCAUUUUGUUAACUCAUUGUUUUUAUAAAAAAAGAUGUGUAAUUUUAAUAUAUAUAUAUAUAUAUAUAUAUAAAUCUCUCUCUCUAUAUAUAUAUAUAUGAAUAUAUAAAUAUAAGAUAUAAAGUUUAUUUGGAGAAAAGAAAAAAUGAUGAAAGAUAUGGAUAUUAUUUACUUUAUAUGAAGAAAGAACAUAUACCAUUCAACUAAAGUAAUCGCAGGUUUUGUUUAGAUAGGAUCAAAUAUGCGAUACUUCACAAAACUGGCAGGCAAUUAUAAGGUGAAAUAAAACUUUUACUG